CCCCACUUGGAGAUGACUUCAACAACAGCCUCAUCGCUGCCAUUCUCAACUCCUCCCUCACCAGCGCCACUCGCCCACAAACGCACACAAACACAACACUCACUCACUAAAACUCUCUCUAUAUCGUCCUAUCACGGCCACAAAUAGACUCGGGGAAUUUACAAAACCGCCCCCAUUGGACUCUUCGUCGCCGGGAAUCUGGCCGAGAUCUAGAACAUAAUCCAUACCUCCCACCCACACCAAGGUUCAGCGCGCAUUCAACGCCAAGAACAUUUGAAUCCGUCGACACACGCACACACACACUAACAGAAUCAUGCCCCCCCGAAUCCCCACCCCGGACGACUUCGCGCCCAUCCAGCCCGUCCUGCCCCUGACCCUCGUCUUCCCAAACCCGCCCGAGUCCACCACCGCCAUCAUGCUCCUCUUCCACGGCCUGGGCGACUCCGAGGCACCAUUCGCCUCCUUCUCCAGGGCAAUGUCCCUCCCCGGCGUUCUCUCCAUUGCCGUUCGUGGGCCCUCCCCGCUGCCCCCGUCCAUGCUCCCCGACGAAGCCCUAUCCCCACCAUCAGCAUCAGCAUCAGCAUCAACGCCCGCCGGAGCAGGCCACUUCCACUGGGGCGACGACAUCACCUUCGACCCUUCCGCGGACUCCCUCUCGCCCGACCCAGGCUUCUCCAGGUCUUCCGCCCUCGUCGUAGACCGCCUCAUCCGCGACACACUCGUCUCCCGCUGCGGCUGGGACCUCGCCGACAUCAUCCUCUUCGGCUUCGGCCAGGGCGGCUCUCUGGCCCUGGGCAUCGCCUCCCAACUCCGCCUCGGGCCCCGCAUCGUCGACGUGACCAACGCCGCCGACGCGCCCGCGCCCAGCAGGCCAAAGAGAGGCGGCAAUCCCCAUUCCGACGAAAACACUCUCAAGGGCGUCGUCUCCAUCGGCGGGCCGCUGCCGCAGUCCAUGGUCCCCUCCGUCAGCGCCCGCUCCAAGUGCAAGACCAAAGCCUGUCUCGUCCAGCUCGACGACGACGCCUUCGACGUCGUCAAGGAGGAGUUCCUUGACGUCAGGCUCGUCAAGUGGAAGAGGAAAGACGUGGCCAUGCCCCGCGAUCGCGACGAGAUGUUCCCUCUGAUGAAGUUCUUUGCUGAAUGCCUCAAGAGCGGAUGGUGA